AUGCCUGACUGCCACUGCGAGACGUAUGGCUGCAACGGUCGCGACAUACCUCGCUCAACGCGCCACGACCAUCAGAAGAAAGACAAAGAGCGCCAGCGCGAGCGUGUUCGUCUUGCUUCUCGGUCUGCACAAGCUAGGGCUUCGUCCGCCCUCGGUCCAGUGGCUUCGACGAGUGCGGCGACGACUGGCCCGCUUCCGCCCUCCUCGCCCGUCCUUCCUCCUGACGGCAAUGUAUAUGAGUUUGAUGUUGACGCUAACAGGACGGGCUCUGAAGGGCAGGGUGGUAUCAUCGUCGAUGCAGCCCAGGAUGGCCUCGGGGCCGCCGGUCCUGCAGAUGACAUUGGCGAUCUCGAUGAGGAGGAGGAAGACGCCGACGAUCUCGUUACUCCCCCAACUCCGAUCUCGUUGCGCGCCAAUUACCGCCCACUAUACCUGCACGACCUUGUUCCUUGUGAUCCUCGCUAUCCAGGCGAAAACGAACCGGAUCCUUUCUUUCCCGCUCUCGCCGAAGUGUUCGAUGAACGUGCUGCAUCUUCCUUGACUCCGGCAAGCAUCCAUGUCGGAGUCUACAUGCUUUAUGUCCUUGUCGCCUGGCUCCAUACGCAGUGCAAGGUCGCGUUUUCGCAGUGCAACGCUGUCUUGGUCAUCAUGGCAAACAUCAUAUCUCCCUUCAUCGGCGGAAACUGGGCCAAUGUCUACGGGAUCGGCCCGCAAGGGCCUCUCACCACUCUGCAGCCAAUCCUGGACAAGCUUGGCAUCGAACCGGACAUCGACAUCUUACCGGUUUGCUCGAAGUGCACGGAAGUCUACCCUGUUUCGCGAGCAACAGACUCCAGCUGUGACCGUUGCGGCGAGAAACUCUUCCGCGAACGAGUCAGCCUUAACCGCCGACGUGGACGCGCCGAACGCGUCGUCCCUCGCCCAUUGCUGCAGUUUCCCCAUCGAAGCAUCGAAGCCCAACUACGCCGCAUUCUCAUGCUACCAGGGAUCGAGGACGUUCUCGAGCAGUGGCGCUCCAAGGCCCGCGUACCUGGCUUUUUGAGCGACAUGUUCGACGGGCGGAUCUGCAAAGAGCUUCUCGGAUUCGACGGCCGACUUUUCUUCGAGAACCCCCUUCCCGGGCGCUCUGGCGAACCUCCUGAGCUCCGUAUCGGACUUGCCAUGGGUGUUGACUGGUUCUCAUACUUACGUAGUCUCAUUUCUGGCUCGCACACCUCGGGGCCCAUGUCUUUCAACAUCAUCAACCUGCCUCAUCAUCUACGGUAUCGCGUCAUGAACAUGAUCUUGGCCGGUAUACUGCCAGGGCCAAAGGAGCAAGACACUGACGCAGUACAGCGAUUCAUGCGCGUUUUUGUCAACGAGCUACUUCGUCUUUGGCAAGUGGGCUUCGUUGCAAAGACCGCUCGCUACCCGCAGGGUCGGUGGGUUCGGGUUAUCCUGGUAUGUGUGUGCUGCGACAAGCCCGCUGCCCACAAGCUCGGAGGGUUCGGCGCACACAGCCACACUUUCUUUUGUACACGCUGUUGGAUCAAGCAGGCUGAGAAAGCCACCGACAAGUCAUUCGCACCCAAUGGUUUCCCCCUGCGCUCACAUGAGGAGCAUGUCCGUAUGGGACAGGAGUAUGCUCGAUGCAAUACCCAAUCAGCACGGGACGAGUUUGUACGCCAGCACGCUACGCGCUGGUGCGAACUGGCUCGUCUACCAUAUUUUGAUGUCUGCCGCAUGAUCGUCAUUGAUCCUAUGCACAACCUACUGCUCGGACUGGUCAAGACACACUUUUACCACAUCUGGAUCAAGAUGAAGGUUCUGCGGAGGACGCGAGAACUUCGCCGUUUUCAUGCCAUAUUGUCAGACCUAAAGAUUCCUACCUAUCUCGGCCGCCUACCAACUCUCAUGGGCGAACCUGCUGGUGGCUCAUUGACAGCAGAUCAGUGGCUCAUCGCUGCGACAGUCGUUCUGCCUAUCGCGAUACCCCAGAUCUGGGAUGAGUACGCCACAGGUGAACCAGAAGAAGUUCGUCUGCGACGUCUCGGCGAUUUUGCGGCACUAGCGGAGAAGCAGAAAGCUGCUCGCGCAGCCGCCCGUCGAGAACGUGAGGCUGCUAAGGCUGCGGCGACUCAGAACGCGCGGAAGUCCAAGCGCAAAAGAGUUCCUACGACCCGGUCCUUGUAUCGCGAGGAGGCGAAUGACGACGAGCCGUCAUACGAAGAUGCAGGGGCGCAGGAAGUAGUUGACGAGCGCGACAUCUUUGGCGAAGAUGAUGUGGAGGACGAGGAGAGUGAUGCGCGCGCGGGUCCUAAUUUACACCCUAGUGACCCUAGCAACUUUUUCAAGUUGACCGCCUUCCUCGAGAUCGUCUUGAGUUAUAAGCUAUCUGUAGUGGACAUUGACCGCGCAGAUAGCUUGAUACGGGACUACUGUCGAGAGCUUGCACACCUCUAUGGCCCAGAAGUCAUCCGACCGAACCAUCAUUAUGCAACGCACGUACCGGAAAACAUCCUCGACUUUGGGCCUCUACAUGGCUUCUGGACUUUCCUGUUCGAGCGAAUUAACAAGAUACUUAAAUCGUACAAUAGCUCCAACCACUCGGGCGGCGAACUCGAGGUUUCGUUCUUUCGCGAAUUCCAUCGGACGCUCGAGCAGUCGCGUGUGAUGGCAGAAUCCUAUGCAACGGGCCUUGACGUGCUCAAGAAUUGUGUCACGGCCAUGUAUCGGGCAACUGCAGAUGACCGUGGCACGGUUCAAAGCCUUGCGCGGGAGCUGGACGACGCUUCGGAGGACGGAGGUGUUCAGUAUCAGCUUUCAACGCGCUCGCAGAAAGCACCCCUUCAGCCUCAUCUAUACAACGAGAUUCUUGCUUUCAUUCAACUUCGCUUGCCAGCUGGCUUCGUUCUGCGCUCGUACCUCUUUCCUGGCACUGGGCUCGCACUCAUUCCUGAUGCGCAGUUCUUCGACUAUGUGAUCAUCGCACAGAGACGCUAUUGGGCAUCGUCACGAACUAAUAACAUCGCAAAUGCAAUGGUCGUUGUCAGGAGGCAGGCUGGUGUUAGUACAGUGGGCGAACUCAUGAACAUUGUAGGUAUCGCACAGCCUGGCCUGCCUGUUCAGCGUCUCGGGGUUGUCAGAUGGCUGGUCCCUUCACAACAAGCCAUUUCACCGGAUAGCUCAUGGAAGUCAACCGCGCACUUGCGGGUUCACAUCUGGCAGCCCAACUCUUACGGAGCUCAACAAGAGCUUAUUCUUCUCGAGGAUAUUGACAGUCAUGCCGUCUUGACAGAGGCGCUAGUAUCUGGCCAUAAGCAAUGGGUCACCGUGGGUUUACAUAGAUGA